AUGCGUUCUCGGUCCCCCAGCAAGUCUCGCUCCGCAAAUGACCUCCAAUUUAGCAGUGAUGCCGAGUCCGACCACCCAGAUCACAACACUGAGGAUCACUCGAAAGUAACUAACCGUGGGGCGCCGGCACGUCACAGUCGUCGCCAACGAUCUGAGUAUCGAUCUUGGAACCGGUCUAGCAACAUCCAACAUACUUCGACUACCGGUUCAAAGGGUCGCUCGACUUCCAGACAUUGA